GUUAACAGAUUUUGACUACGAAGAGGUGGCGUCAACAUAUAAUUCAAUUUAUUUAGACCUCGGAAGAAAAGUGGUAUAUACAGCAGUGUGUGGCCUUGUCAAAGAUGUCCACCCUAUUAUACGCUGUUCAACCAAAGAAUAUUAUCACUACACCGGUUUAACAAAAUUCUUAGUAGAUCAACAAAAAAAUUUAUGCUUGGGCAUAUUGACAUACUAUUUGAUUUCUAAAAAGAUACCAGUGGCGAAAGCCGUUUCGCAUUGUAUCAAGGUCGCCAACGGGCUCCAGAAAUCAUGACCAACAUCUUGCUUAAUGGCGGACUGAAAUACAACCGUGAAAGAAGAAGAAGAACAAAAAGAAGAGGGGAGGCAGGAAUAAGAAAGUAAAAAAAAAAGAGAGGAGAAGAAGGUUGUA